AUGCACGCUGUUCGACGACUUCAUUCGAUUCGAUCAGCCCUUAGUAAUCAAAUCAAGCAAGAACGUCAAAUACAUUUAUCGAGUAUGUCUUCAAAACCAGUGCGUGCCCUUAUAAUGGGUCCUCCAGGAUCGGGUAAAGGGACCGUUUCUGAUCGAAUCGUAAGCACUUUCGGUGUUGCUCACUUGUCGAGCGGGGACGUACUUCGAUCACAGAUUAAAGAGGGUACAGAGGUUGGCUUAAAAGCGAAGGAGAUCGUGGAAAAAGGUGGCCUUGUUCCCGAUGAAAUCAUGAUCGAACUUAUACUCAGCAAAAUGAAGGAGUUGGCAGGGGGAAGCUGGCUUUUAGAUGGUAAGACUAGAACGCUUUUAGCAUGCUUAGAUAGAGUUAAAAAAUAUAUAUAUAUUUUUAUAAUUUACCAGUAAAGAAAAGAAGGCUUGUAGCUUAAGUGGAAAGAGUAGCACGAAGCUAAGAUCGUGCAAGUACCAAUUUGCGCAUCAGCUUCUUAAAACACAUAAUAUUGUUGGAUGAUGCAGAAGCUAACUUUAGACUAUCAUAAAUGUUUACUGUUAUGACAUGGAAAGCUUUAAGUGAGGAACAGAUUUAACGAGAGAGCUGAAUAUACACUCACGGGCCUUACACUGUAUAACUGCUUAGCCCUUGCUGUGUGAAAAAAAAGACCGUUCAAAUCUCUCAGCGAUUUAUUUGGCUUCUCUUGUUUUAAGUUUGUUCAAAGUGUCCUUGUUAUUGUUUUUUUCUGUGUUCCAAUUUGUGUCUUUUAUAUGUUAAAUUAUAACAGGUCUAGAAACAGCUGAAGGAAAGUUUUAUUUACAGUCACACCCAUAUUGCCAUAUUGGCAUGAUUUCAUGCUUUCAUGCCUGACAAGAAUAAAAAAGUAUUCUUUGUUUUGAUUUAACAAAACUGUCAAAUUCUUCCUAAUAAUAUUGCUUAAUUCCCAAAGGACAAAAAACCUCUCAUCUGAAACAUCCCAUUUGCCAGGACACGACCCCACAAGCGAAGUGUCGCUUUAAAUACUUAUCGUGUAUAAAUAAAUAUUAUUGAUUGAUUGACUGAAGGAAUUGUAUGAUAUGUGGAGCACACAGUCAACAAUACCAAAACUGGACAUCUCAGUAAGCUCAUCACCAGCCUUCAGAUCCUUUUAAAGGCUUCUGGGCCAGGAAAAUCUCUUCCCCUUCUUACCUUUUGUACCCUGCUGGGUGAAAACUUGGAUGGCUAAAUCUUGUUAUGGACCAUGGGGGAAAGGUUUGGUGGAGAAAGGCCUUCUAAGGUCAAAACAUUAUCUAUAGUUGCUAGCACUCUUGAAAGCUAAGAUGCACGUACAUGUACCUUUGGAAGAUGAAGCACAGCGUCUACCAGUUAGUGAUAUGAUAUUUCAUGAAUUUUGAUGUACUGUACUUGAGUGUGAAUGCAUGUGCAACUAAUGUGACUUCUUGUAGGUUUAAGUGUUUGUAGCAGGGGAGAGGGGUUAGAUGUUGGUGGGUACCUAUAGGGGUGGGGAAGGGUGGGAUGGGGACCAAAAGGAGACCUCCUUAUUUAAUAUUUAGGUGACUGAUCAAGAUUGAGAGCUCAUUGAAUUAUUGUUAACAGGUUUUCCAAGGACUGUUGUCCAGGCUGAAAAGUUGGGAGAAAAACAGGAACUAGAUGUUGUGGUGAACCUUGAUGUUCCUUUUGAGACCAUAAUAGACAGAAUUUCAGUAAGUUCCCUGACGAAUCAAUCUUAUUUAAUCCUUCUAUAAACUGGUUAAAAUUAUCUAAAUUUCUAUUACAUGUAGUUCAGCAACUCUGAUCAAGCCUAGCCUUGAGCAUCGUCACGUAAUUUCUUUUUGUCAAUUACCACAGCUUCAGUAACAUGAUUUAAGACUAGAUCUUUUGAUUUUAGACAAAUUAUCCUGCUUCUAUCUUAAUCCCUGGAAAUUUGAAUGCUUACAUUUAAUCAUGUGAAACUACACUAUUCUUUUCUUUUAUCCUAGGGGGGGGGGGGGGGGGGGUGAGGGGGGGGGGGGGGGGGGGGGGGUGGGGUGGAGUGUAGAGCUGUACAGCAACACCAAUUUUAACCCCUAAAUUAAUUUACCCAUGAGCAUCCCCGUGCACCCAUGUUUUACAGGGAAGUGCCCCUCAGGAAUUCCUAUGUAAGGUUUGCUACCUACUAUUAAUUACUAUUAUUAUUAGACAAGUGUAUGAUACCAUUAUUGUUGUUUGCAGAAGCGCUGGAUUCAUCCUGGCAGUGGGAGAACAUAUAACUUGGAUUUUAACCCUCCAAAAGUACCAGUAAGUCAAAAAUGUAUGUAAUAAUGACCCAGAUGACAUAAUAAUAAUAAUAAUCAUAACUAUAACAAAAUUCUCAAAUCUGAUUGGCUACCAACUGCCCUGAUUUCAGUCUUUAUUGGACAAUUUAAUAGGACAGUACGCAUCAUGCCUAAGUAAUUGGACAGUACGCGCCAUCAAGCGCGCGCUUAAAUGGCUUUUUUUCACUACUAGCACAAAAAAUUGGCAUUUCUUCUCUUUUGAUUUCAAAAAAGGGCCUUAUAUAUCACAAAUUUUGUUAAAGUUAUGAUUAAUUGGUAACAGAUGUUUUAGUAGUCCAAUUCGGUCUGUAAUUAUACUUGUGAUUAAACAAAUCGGACUCCCGCUACACAGUCGUCAGAUUUUGUUAAUCACUCGUAUGAUUACAGACCGAAUUGGACUCCACUCAGUCCUGUUACCAUUACUAAUCAUAACUAUAACAAAAGUCUCAAAUCUGAUUGGCUACCAACUGCCCUGAUUUCAGCCUUAAUUGGACAAUUUAAUAGGACAGUACACGUCAUGCCUAAGUAAUUGGACAGUACGUGCCAUCACGCGCGCGCUUAAAUGGCUUUUUUUUCACUGCUAACAAAACAAAAUUUCGAGUUUCUUGUGUUUUGAUUUAAAAAAUAGCCUAUUAUGUCACAAAUUUUGUUAAAGUUAUGAUUAAUUGGUAACAGAACUUCGUGUCGUCCAAUUCAGUCUGUAAUCAUACUCGUGAUUAAACAAAUCGAACUCCCGCUACGCGGUCGUCCGAUUUUGUUAAUCACCCGUAUGAUUACGGACUGAAUUGGACUCCACUCAGUCCUGUUACCAUUACUACUAAUAAUAAUAAUAAUCUGUUUUUGCAUACGUAAUAUUAAAAGCAAUAAUAGUAAUAGCAAUAACUUCUUCGCAAGCUAUCAAAAUUCCCAAGUAACAGUAAUAUUAAUUUUAUUUAUUUCCUGCAAAUGAUUGGCUUAAUGGACAAGCUUUAGAUAAAUCCUGAGAUUAAACUUUCUUUAACCUGCACAACUGUACAACUUUGUUCAUAGGGAAAAGAUGACGAAACAGGUGAAGAUCUUGUUCAGAGAGAUGAUGAUAAGGUUAGUAUCCUCUUUUAUACAGUCCCCAGGAAAGCAUAUAGUUCCAUGUGUGCUCUGUGAGCAGAGCCCCAUGGUAAUCUAUCCAUCUGAGAAGUUUGGGUAAUCACGGGACGAUAAGUCCGCUUGACCCACCCAUCUGUCUGCCCCACAGGGUAACCAACAUUAAGUGUUAAACUUUUUAGCCAGUGUGGUAGCCUCUAGGCCUUGACGAACCUGUUAUAUUGCACAUCCAUGCUCUGGUCAACUGACAGCUGUCAAAACGGGGUUUCCCCUGACCAGUAUCACAUGACCGUAUUGUGGGCUGAGGUGUCGACCCAUGCAUUGUGGUUACGUGCUUUUUUGAAGUUCACCGUGGACAAGUUACUAGUUUUCGAUUGAUUGCAGGUUCAACUUUAAGUGGAUGUCUAUUUAUUAACGGGAGCUUUGCCUUGGCUAAGUUUAAAUAUUAUUCUUAAAAUAAGCUGCAUUCAUUUUUGUAGUGAUUACCAUAUUUACUAAAAUAAGUGCCGUGGCCCUUAUAAAUGUUUCAUGCCUCAAAUUUGGAACUUAUGUGAGGGUAGCCUUCAUUUGAAAGUUGGAUGCAACAAGAAAUUAUUGUUUUAACCAUGGUAUUGUUAUUUUCUUUAUUAAACAAACAGAAUUAAACUCCUUUGAUUUUGAUUAUAUCGGGGCCGCUGUGCUUAUUUGGAGUGGUAAUUAUUAACUUAUUCAUACCAAAUGCAGCACUUACUCGGGGGUGACAAUGAAUCAGGGGCAGUGGGCACAGAGUAAAUAUGUUAAUGAUACUAAAGCAUAUAAAAAACAAUGCUGACACUCAGUUCUGUGUCAACUAAUAAACAUUUUGCAAAGUAGUUCGACUUGUUUGCCCUAAAUCUGUAUAAAUAUUACAAAAUUACUUAUGACUUUCUGUAUAGAACGGAGAAUGCAUCAAGAAAGCUGGUGUAUAUUAAUUAAUCCCUAAUGGGAAGAGGAGAGGGGGUGUAUUUGAGAAGUUUUGUUUUUAUAAUUGGAGGAGGCACCACACCUCUGAACACUUACCCAGUUUAUGUGGAAGUACUUUGAAUCUUUUCUUUCUUUUUUUUUGUACUUUAUACAAUAGCCAGAGACUGUGAAACAAAGAUUAAACCAGUAUGAAGACAUGACAAAACCUUUACUUGAAUUCUAUAGGUAAGUUCCCCUUUCUCUAGAUCUGUUUUAUGAAAACUGUUUGGAGAGAAUUAAGUAUCAAGAUUCUUAGUCCGCUCAUUUUUCUUUGAUUCUCUCAGCUGGUCACCUGACUGUCUCUAUAAGAUGUUCCCAAUUCAACAGGUCCAUCUUAGAGAAAAUGACCUUAAUAUGCAGGUUGGAAGGAUUACCUCAGUCAGUUGAGUGCUUGACUACAGGGCGGAAAGUCCAAGUUUGAUUUCCAUGGACGGACCAAUACUCAGGGUCCUAAAAUAACUGUGAAAUAACGGUACUCCCUUUACACUGCUAGCAGCUAGACCUUUAGGUGGCUCAGAUGACCACAUAAAAUGGCCAUCCUGCCCCACUUGGAGACAAAAAAAUGAGUAGUGUAGGAACUGCUUGUAAGAUCUCUUCUAAUUGGUAGCAGGAAAUAAUGACAUAUUGUCAUUCUUCCAAUUGUUUUAGUAUUAUUGGUGACUUCUUUUCUAAGCAGCUGUUACAUGAGCCCCAAAAAUAGUGCUACAUACUUUGACACCCAUUUUUUUUUUACCUGGGAUACGCAGAGGCUGCCCCAGUGCUCAGGGUCUUUCUCCAUCCACAUACAAAUUCUCCAAUCUCAGAUCCAUACAUUUCCUUAAAGAAUAUUUGCUGGAGAGAAUUUGAAAAAAGAUCAAAGCAUUUUCUCUUAAGUUUCCUCUUGAUGAUGACUGUAUUGAUUUUGUUGCAAGAAAAUAAAUUGUUGUUGUUGACCUUGAAAGGUCAAGAUUGUAUUGGAUGAGGUAUUCCCUCAUCGCUGAGGCAUUAAGAUCUUUUCCUCCCUCAGAUUGCCAAAUUGUGUUCCUGUCUUCAGCAGGUUAUGUAUAAUGCUGCAAUACAUGUACUUUGAGAUAAUUUUCUCAACAUGGAUGGCUGGUUUGUACUUAUUCCUGUCUUACCUUUCUAUUCCUUUCAAACUUGCAGUAAAAAGAGUUUACUGAAGUCAUUUUCUGGAACAGAGACUAACGUUAUCUGGCCCAAAGUCAAAGAGUAUCUGGCAGAGAAUUUCUUCAAACAUUGA